AUGGUCAAGGCUGUUGCUGUCGUCCGCGGAGACUCCAAGGUCUCCGGCACCGUCACCUUCGAGCAGGCUGACGAGAAUGCCCCUACCACCAUCUCCUGGAACAUCACCGGCAACGACCCCAACGCCCAGCGUGGUUUCCACGUUCACCAGUUCGGUGACAACACCAACGGCUGCACCUCCGCUGGUCCUCACUUCAACCCCUUCGGCAAGACCCACGGUGCUCCCGAGGACUCUGAGCGUCACGUCGGUGACCUUGGCAACUUCCAGACCGAUGCCGAGGGUAACGCCGUCGGUUCCAAGCAGGACAAGCUCGUUAAGCUGAUCGGUGCUGAGAGUGUUCUCGGCCGCACUCUGGUCGUUCACGCCGGCACUGAUGACCUUGGUAAGGGUGACUCUGAGGAGUCCAAGAAGACUGGUAACGCUGGUCCCCGUCCUGCCUGCGGUGUCAUCGGUAUUGCCGCUUAA